UGCGGCAUCGGCAGAGGUGGGGGGGCGCCGUUCUCCGGCACUCACCAAUCACCGAGUGCAUCGUGGACCCGGGUCCUGCAACGACCUGGCCUGGCAGACAGCCAGAAGGCAUUUGUUCUGCGAGCAUUCACUUGAUAUCUCUCUCAUUCGCACUCGUGCUGGUCGCUUUUGUGCUCCACUCCGCCGCUCAGUUACUUGCCCCAUCCUCGCUGCUCCUACUGGAACCAGGUUUUCUGUGAACAAUGGCAGAAACUCCUCGAUGCCCCUCCGUGGUGAGCAAGAUGGGUGGAUCUUCAUACCUGGCGUCCAGGUUGGCGCCUAGCCGGCCGAUGUACUCUGCUCCGGAGUACAGCAGCCCUUUGGCUGCCGCUGCCAAGCUGGGUGCUCUGGCCAGGCAGAGCGGGUUCGGCGCUAUGUGCCCGAUGAACGUGAUGGGUGCAAGGAACAUGUCUCAGGAUGUGUUCGUGCCGGCCGCGAGCGAGAAGACAUUCACUGCGUUCAUGACGGACUUUCUGAUGGGAGGUGUGUCGGCCGCGGUGUCGAAGACGGCGGCGGCGCCCAUCGAGCGGGUGAAGCUGCUGAUCCAGAACCAGGACGAGAUGUUGAAGUCGGGGCGUCUGUCGCAUCCAUACAAGGGGAUCGGCGAGUGCUUCGGGCGGACGAUCAAGGACGAGGGAGUGAUGUCGUUGUGGAGGGGAAACACGGCGAACGUGAUCAGAUACUUUCCGACGCAGGCGCUGAACUUCGCGUUCAAGGAUUACUUCAAGUCGCUGUUCGGGUACAAGAAGGACAAGGACGGAUACUGGAAGUGGUUCGCGGGUAACUUGGCGUCGGGAGGUGCGGCGGGAGCGUCGUCGCUGCUGUUCGUGUACUCUUUGGACUACGCGCGGACGCGGCUGGCGAACGACGCGAAGUCGUCGAAGAAGGGAGGAGGUGAGAGGCAGUUCAACGGGCUGGUGGACGUGUACAAGAAGACGCUGGCGACGGACGGAAUUGCGGGGCUGUACAGAGGGUUCAUGAUAUCGUGCGCGGGCAUCAUCGUGUACAGGGGCCUGUACUUCGGAAUCUACGAUUCGUUGAAGCCGGUGGUGCUGGUGGGCAGCCUGGAGGGCAACUUUUUGGCGAGUUUCAUGUUGGGAUGGGGAAUCACGAUCGGAGCAGGCCUGGCUUCGUACCCGAUCGACACGGUGAGGCGUAGGAUGAUGAUGACAUCGGGAGAGGCAGUGAAGUACAACGGAUCGAUGGACGCGUUCAGGCAGAUCGUGGCGAAGGAGGGAACGAAGUCGUUGUUCAAGGGUGCGGGUGCGAACAUAUUGCGUGCGGUGGCAGGAGCUGGAGUGUUGUCGGGAUACGAUCAGUUGCAGAUCUUGCUUUUGGGGAAGGCGUACUCGGGCGGCAGCGGCUAGGUUUGCAUAGCCAGACGACGACUAUAUUAGACUUGCAUUCAGUUUCCUGAUAUAUUUCUGAAUGCUUUUCCAGUUAUCCUGCAGUUGUGCUCAUUUACACUACGGUUAGCUGCGUAGUGUGUUAAUUUUGCACCCUUGAAAUUGAAAUUGAGUUAUAGGGGACUUUAGUUAUGGCUUCGCUGAUUGUAGUCCAUGUUUUUAAAAUGCCGUGGCACGCAAUGUCUUCUUUUUCGAUA